AUGAACGACACUGUUGAUGCCGUCGACGGCUUCAGCGUGCUCAAUCGAGGGCUCAUCUACACCAGUCUGCUGCUGGCUCCUGCACAGGCCGUUGCAGGAUAUGACAGCAGCGGCUUCACCAGUCUUGGCUUUCUCGCCUUCAACUGGUACCAACAACUGAAAUGGUACAAUGACAUUAGGGCUCACCACCUCCACGCCCUCUCCCUGUUGCCCGUCCACUUCAACACCAUCUAUUCCAUCUCCUACCUCGGCGGCGUAACAUCAGGCAACAUUUGGAUGGGCAUCCUCCUUGGCCUUGGCACAGCCGGCGUCAUGAUACUCAACACAGUCGCAGCCUGGAUGUCCUGGGCCACAAACCAGGAAGCCGGUUAUGGCGAGUACCAGUUCUUCUUCUUCGGCUGGCGCACCCUCACCGACGGCUGGCACAAGUUCAUCCUGGUCUGGCAGAUUGGCGACUCCUUCUUCGCCUUCACCACCGUCAUCGCGUGCCUCGCCAUCCCGAUCUUCAUGGAGAUCGAGCGACGCGACCGUGGCGCACAGGAGAAGGCCACAUCUCUGCUCAAAGGCUUAAAGACAAUCUCCAAUCUGCGCUACCCGCUGAUCAUCGUCGGCUCGGCGGCCAUGCUGCUCGUUGCUUGGCCUCUUAUCCUCUGGGUGGAGCUGAUAAUCCAGCGAAACAAGAUCGAGUCGGACACGGAUUGGAUCGCCGUCUGGCUUUUUAUUGUCCAGGUGGGACUUCUUAUGAUCCCGAGCUUUAAUGGAUAUUUUGGAUAUUUGGCUAAGAGAGCCUGGUCACGAAUGUUUUAA